CGUCAAAACUUCGAUCAUAACUGAGUCAGUGUCGCAGUUAAAGGUUUUAGUGCUACAGUGUUUCAACUUCUGCGUUAGUUUGUGGAGGCAAAAAUGCCAACGAGAAAAUGAGUGAAGAGAAAGAGAAAUCCGUUCCCGGCUGUGUGCGAUUCACCAGGCUUCAAUGGUCUUGGAAACCCAAAAACAAACCAACCUAACGGUUCAGCUCGAGAAGGACUUGCGAAGAAGCCAGAUAAACUGGAAAAUGUGGAAACAGCUGAUCAGGCUUGUCAUUAUCUUAACUGUCAGCUUAGUCAUCAUUUGGUUGUUUAGGGAACGACUGUCUGGUGAUUUCAUAAGCAACAUAUCACAAAUAGUACCAGAGAGAAGGCCAGUCCCAUCGAUGGACAAAAAGCUUGCAAACUUGUCCAAUUGUCCAACUGCCUCCCAGUCUGACUCUGCUCACAUCUGUUCAACUGACCCCACCUUCAUCUCGCCUGCAGAAUUCCAAUCCAUAGAAAAGGCGCUGAAGUGGCCAGCUCCUCCUACCUCUGUGAUUGCAGCCAAUCAGACCACUAGUCCUCAUACAAGCUCAUACGUUUUGCAGAACCCACACAAAAACUACAGUGUUGGGGACAAUAUCACAGUGAUCAUAACAGCAAGAGAUGGUUUAAACAACUCAAAAGCAUACGGCGGAGAUUUCUUCCAAGCAAAGCUGUUUAAUGCAGAACUAAAAGCAAGUGUAUAUGGGGAGGUGGUUGACCACCACAACGGCACUUAUACUGCUACCUUCAGGCUGUCCUGGGAAGGACAAGCCAAAGUCUCAAUACGGAUGAUACACUCCAGUGAGGCUGUACAGGUGCUACUUAGGCACAGAGAGCGAGAUCCAGACAAGGUGUUCUUCAAGGGCGUGUUCAGAAGGUUCAACAUUGAGGAAAAAGUGGUGUGUAAUGCCCAGAGGAGUGAGAGGUUGCUAAAGAACUCUCAAUGCUGCUGUGAAUACAAAAAUCCAAUUACUGGAGAAUCAUGGAUUUGUCGUAAACCCAGCCGUCUGCCAUGCUCAGCCUGGGUGGACCAUAUCAUAGGGGGCUACCAAGCACAGCUGUCCAAACUGGAGUCCACACUGUUACACAGUAACUACACCAAUAAAUAUCUACCUGGAGAUAUCACAGUGAAUGUGUCUCAUCAUGACCUGAACUCAAGUAGGAGCGUGAAGUGUGUUCCAGGACUAGACGCACCCUCACCAGCUGGGUUCUACCUGAAUGAUAAAUGGACGUCGCUGAUGUGCCAUGCCCAGUCUUUCCCUACAGCCAAUCAGAUUGCAAUAUGCUUGAAAGACAAGCAGGUUCUGAUGAUGGGAGAUUCCACGUUGAGACAGUGGUACGAGUAUCUGCUGAAAACUGUCCCAACACUCAAGCAACUAAACCUGUACACCUCGGCCAAGUCUGGACCGUUUGAGGCAGUGGACACAGGCAACAACAUUCGACUAAUAUGGAGAGCUCAUGGCCUUCCAAUACGGACUUCUCUGACCCCCCGUGCUGACUUACACUACAUUGCCUCCGAGGUGGCCGCUCUAGCUGGAGGUCAACAUUCUGUUGUGGUCUUCACCAUCUGGGCGCACUUCACUACCUUUCCGCUGGCCACGUACCUAAAAAGGCUGGCUGGAAUCCGCAGAGCGGUCCGAGCCCUCCUCCAGAGGGCACCGCAGACCCUUGUGCUGAUCAAGUCAGCCAACACAGGCUACAAGGACAUUUAUGGCAGCGACUGGUUGUCAUGGCAGCUGGACUGUGCAUUGAGGAUGAUGUUUAGGGAGCUGCCGGUUGUGAUUAUUGAUGUUUGGCAAAUGACAUCAUGUCACUACUCACCAGAUGACAUUCACCCAUCUUAUAAAGUGGUACAGAAUGAAGUAGAUCUAUUCCUCUCAUAUGUUUGUCCAAGAUGACAGACGUACAGAUAUGAAGAGCAUUGCUGCUAGAACCACAGGGGUGAGCAGGCAUGUUACCCCCCACUUUUCAAAGUACCAGGGUGGGGAACCAGCACUUUUUGAUUGAAUUACUUGAGAAAAUCUCCUCUCUCCCUAAACUGCACACAGCGCUAACCUAUAGACGCACAGGGACAAACUCAUUGGCAGAGACAAUUUCAGCAUUUCUCAAACAGUAAAACCUUUGUGAGUUUGUGGUUAAUGAGAAGAUCUGGUAAAAAUCUGGUAAAAAACAACAAAAAAAUCUGGCAAUCUGGUAAAAACAGUAAAAAGAUUUUUACUGCAAUACAUGAACUAAUGCACUGGGUCCCAGUUCAUGUAUGUCAGUUUGCUAAUAUAAACUUAAAUAUGUUCUAAUACUACCUUGUUAAACUAACAUGUGAACACUCUACCAUAUUCAGGUCCACAUCAAAGAAUUGAACUGCAGUCCAGCAAAAAUGGGUCUCAGUCAGCAUCUAAGAGCAUCCUGCUUCAGUUCACUUGAUAGGAACAGAUUUUUAUGAUGAUCCAAACCAAACAAAGUUACAACAGUGGGUCCACUUGUGUACCUUAAGUAAGUUUUUCCCAGGUGAAAAGUACGUAUCUGUACCUUUUCGUAACCUAAUGUUUUAAAACCGAACUAUAAAAUGAAAAAAAAACCUGGAGAGGA